AUGGCAGACUUAUUGAAACCUGAAGUAUGGACAUCUUCAUCCAAUGAGUGUUUGAAGUUAUUCAUCACUACUGACGGUGCAGCAAUAAACUUUCAACCAAGUUUCACAUACCCUAUUUUUGGAGAUAGCGAAUCAAUCUUUGGAUUUAAAAAUUUAGUUAUAUUUUUAUGUUUCGAUCAUUAUACUUUCUAUCCAUUUUUGAAUGUCAAAUACGAUGAAAAAUUAGAUGACGAUACUAUCAAAGACCCCAAAGAAACAAUGAUGAAAUUCUUACCUGAAUCAACGGUAUUUAAAGAUGAAGUUAAAUGGGUUGAUGAAAUAAACAAAGAAUAUGAAACUUAUAACAUACCUGGGGAAAUGAUAUCCCAAUUUGAAACCUAUAAAAUCUAUAAAAUCAACUUGAAAGACUUGGAUGGGAUUGAAUUACAAAAAAGAUUACAAAUCUUAGUACUUUUAUUUAUUGAAGCGGGAUCUUUCAUUGAUUAUAAAGAUGAAUUAUGGGACUUAUAUGUAAUCUAUGAAGAAUCUGAAACAUCCAAACCCUCAAUUGUUGGUUUCACCACUGUGUAUAAUUAUUGGAAAUACCCUGGAAGUACAGACUUCGAUAAUGGGGUUGAACAAAUAAGAAAGAAAAUCAGUCAGUUUGUGAUAUUACCUAAUUAUCAAGGUAAAUCAAUUGGUUCUAAAUUUUAUACCCAUUUAUACGAAUUUUGGUUGAAAGAUCCUAAAAUUAUUGAAAUAGUUGUUGAAGACCCCAAUGAAAGCUUCGAUGAUAUGAGAGAUAAGGCAGAUUUGACUCGAUUGAAAUCAGUGCUUGAUUUAAAAUCAAUAAAUUUUGAAAAAUUAAGUAAAGAGUGGAUUGAAAAUUUCAGAAGUGAACAAAAAUUGGAAAAAAGACAAUUCAAUAGGUUGAUUGAAAUGAUUUUAUUAAACAAUUACAAAACUUUCAACAAUUUGAGUUUGAAACAGAUAAGAUUAUUCAUUAAAAAGAGAUUAUAUGAAAAGAAUAAAGAAGCACUCUUAACCUUAGACAAACCAACCAGAUUUGAUAAAUUACAAACAGCUUAUCAAUCUUUAGAAGAAGAUUAUUACAGAAUUUUAGGAGGUGUAAAAUUGUAUACUAGAGAAGGUGAAACAAUUGAGAGUAGUAAUAAUAAAAGAGCUAAAUUAAGUGUAUAA